AUGCAAGAGCUAGGAUAUAAGUUCCGCGUUUCCAAGCGCAAGGGCAAAAAAUACGAUGCAUUGCUUAGUGAUGGUCGAAUUGUAUCGUUUGGAGCAAUCAAGUCCAAUGGUGAGCCCUAUCAGCAAUAUCAAGAUCGCACAAGUUUAAAAGCCUUCAGGAAUCAACAAUACAGCCGCCUGAUCGCUGGAUUUGACGGCUUUGACUUUGUCGGAGAGCUCACGCGCAUUGAAAAGAUGAUUGGAUCUCAACAAGAGCGAAUUCAAGAAGCUCAAAAUCAACUCAAUCUCAUCAAUCGCGAGUUUCUCCCUGGUGAUAUUGAGAGUGUGUAUCGCGACAGAGCGCUUACAGCUAUGAACGAUAGCACCGAUAAGAUUGAUAGAUUGGAAACCCUCAAAAGUGAAUUGAAGCGCCUGCAGCUCUUGUAA